GAGGCUCAAGCCCCGGCGAGGCGGCGCCCACUCUCACUGGCCGUCGCCGCGGCCAGUGAGCGGGUGGAGGAGCCGUGGACCUCUCCCAUCGAGGCGCCGGGCGGCAGGCGGUGUCCUCAUCCGUGGCGCAAGUAUAUGUAGGAUCGUCCCCGGUCGACUCUGCAGUCUGCACGGCGCCUUAUCAUCACACACGGAACCAGAUUGCGGGCAGCCAUAGACGAAGAGAGAAAGAAAGGUCAACAGGGCACUGCUUGCCUGCUGCGUAGUGACUAGUGUGCCUCAACCAAAAGGAUCCAUGGCUCCCGGAGACGACUCUAACCCCGCCGCCUCCUAUAUCCACACGGUGCAGCACCUGAUAGAGAGGUGCAUGACGUUCGGGAUGAGCAUGGAGGAGUGCAUGGAGGCGCUGGCUAAGCGCGCCGACGUCCUGCCCGUCGUCACCUCCACAGUGUGGAAGGAGCUGGAGAAGGAGAACAAGGAGUUCUUCGACAAGUACCAGGAGUGGAUAUCGGAGAAGCGAAGCGCAGGCACCUCCUAGCGCGGUGGCACUGAACUAGCUGCUGGCUUUGCUUAGAUUAGCCAUGAUGUGUAUUGUUUGGUUAUUCUUGGAUUCGUUACUUAGGCAUUGUUUAGUUAUUCUUGGAUUCGUUAC